CUGAGACAGCACUCACUGGAGAGAACAGACAGUCAGGACUGAGGCAACACUCAUUGCAAGGACUGAGCCAGAACUCACAGCAAAGACUGAACCAGCACUCCCAGCCAGGACUGAGCCAGCACUCCCAGCCAGGACUGAGCUAGCACUCCCAGCCAGGACUGAGCCAGCACUCCCAGCCAGGACUGAGGCAACACUCCCAGCCAGGACUGAGGCAACACUCCCAGCCAGGACUGAGCCAGCACUCCCAGCCAGGACUGAGCCAGCACUCCCAGCCAGGACUGAGCCAGCACUCCCAGCCAGGACUGAGCCAGCACUCCCAGCCAGGACUGAGCUAGCACUCCCAGCCAGGACUGAGGCAGCACUCCCAGCCAGGACUGAGGCAGCACUCCCAGCCAGGACUAAGGCAGCACUUCCAGCCACGACUGAGGCAGCACUCCCAGCCAGGACUGAGGCAGCACUCCCAGCCAGGACUGAGGCAGCACUCCCAGCCAGCAGUGAUACAGAUCCUUCAGAGUAAAAUUGUCCCAGAUUUCCAGGUUUAUUGGAUUUGUAUUCAUGGCUGACUGACCUCUGCCCAUAAGAUAGGAACCUAUUAUCCUUGUGUCAGCAUUCUGUUGCUCUGAAUAAUGGUGGAAGUAAAUAGAAAACUUCUGGAUUUACUGAAAUUGCCAGGGAACUCGGAAUGUGCAGACUGUGGCAACCCAGAAGCAGAGUGGGCUUCUUGCAGUAUUGGAGUUUUUAUCUGCCUGCAGUGCUCGGGAGUCCAUCGAACUCCAACAAUUGGCAAAGUAAAAUCUGUUCGAUUAGACAACUGGGAACAUGACCUUAUAGAGUUUAUGAAAGCUCACGGGAAUCUAAGAGCAAAAGAAAGAUAUGAAGCCUUCGUGCCACCAUUUUAUUACAAGCCGCGAGUAAGGGAUUGCAUGAUUCUAAAAGAAGAAUGGAUCAAGGCAAAGUAUGAACGCAGGGAAUUCGAAUUCAAAAGGGACUACCCAACAGGAGACAAAGAAGGUUACCUGUGGAAGCGAGGACGUGACAACAGACAAUUUUUGAAGAGGUGGUUUGUUUAUUCGGAGAGUGAACGACUUCUAAAGUAUUACACCAAUAACCAAACGGUCCCAAAAGGAACAAUUCCUAUUCGUAGCUUGAAUGCCAUGUUUCAGGGUGACAAAAUUGGCCAUGCCCACGGACUGGAGAUCACAUACGUACAAGACAGACAGACCAGAAACUUGUUUGUGUACCAUGAAGACGGAAAGGAAAUAGUGGCCUGGUUUAAUCUGCUACGGGCAGCUCGUUUCAAUUACCUGAGGGGGGCAUUUCCUGGUACUCCAGAGGCAGAGCUCAUUCCAAAGAUUACUCGAAAUUACUCUAAAGCGGGUUACAUGGAGAAAACUGGACCGACGCACAGAGAACCCUUUAAAAAGCGAUGGUUUAACUUGGAUGCAGAAGAAAGAAAACUACUUUAUUACAAGAAACCUUUGGAUGCUUUUGAACAGGGCGGAGUGUUUAUAGGAAGCAAAGAACAAGGGUAUGCAGUGACAGAAGGUUUACCUAGAGGAAUAAGGAAAAGCAAGUGGGACACUGGUUUUGUUAUUAAGACACCAUGGAGGGAAUUUGUAUUCACCUGUGAAAACACCAACGAUCAAAAAGAAUGGCUGGAAAUACUGAGGGAAAUCAUAUCUCGGCCCAUGACUGAGGAAGAUUGUAAAGAAGAGGCCCUAUUCCAAAGAAGGCAGUCACAGUAAUUGUUCCAUUGAAGGGGGAAAAAAAACACAGAAGGGACUGUGUGUUUGAAGAGAUUGGAAAUGCAUCAUGUUUGACAGCUGUUUACGUUUUAACCAACGGCAAAGCUACAGACAAUACACCACAUGAUCUGUGUACGAGACUGGUGUUUGCCAAAAUGAAGACACGUAAACAACAUGAUGAGUCAUACUGAAAAGACAGCCUCAGUGGGAUCAAUUACACAAUUCACAAAACCUAAAAAUUCACGGACAUACAAGAGCGCCAUGUUUGUUUGAUGAAGGCAAGCAACAAGACACUAAAGUUGGUUUAAUAUUUUUUUUUUUAUAUGAACAUACUGUACAGAAAACACAGAGAUCAGAAGAAACAAAUGUACACAAAUCUCUGUACUGAUUUUUUAUUUUUUAAAGAUGCAUCAACACUAUUUAACUGUGUUUCUGCUUUUUUGUGUCCUAAAAUAAUUCCUAAAAAGAACUUCGGAACAAAAACGACAAGAGCAGUUGGGAGAGCUUUGGAGACGAGUCUCGAAGUCUAUGUGUGAUAUAUUACAAUGUACAUUAAGAAAGGUAAAUUUACAAACGAGGUCGUGUUAAAGUGAAAAGGUAGUGUAUGAUAAGGAAGAAUAAAAUCCGGCACCUUUUGUCAA